CUCUCUCUCUACACUUUUGGUUGGAAGUUUCCCUUCUCAUAUUUUAUUUGCUGUCGUGUAAUUUGGAAGGAUCCCAUGCACUCGCUUACGUAAAGAGGCCGUCUUCGUCAUUUAUUAGACCUCUCGUCUUUAGAGUCCUCAAAUCAUAUUCUCCAAUUAAACCCUCCAUUCUCUGAUACAUCACACACCACUCCACCUCAUCAUGUCGAAAAACGCUCGUCGUUUGAAAUCUUUGCCGGCCAUGUUGGUGGCGGUGAUCAUCACCGCGUUUCUCGCGCCUCCGUUGAGCGCCGACGAGGAUCCCAUAAAGUGUACGCCCUGCCUCCAGAGCCCUCCGCCGCCGUCUCCUCCGCCGCCGUCUCCUCCGCCUCCGUCGUGCCCUCCGCCGCCCGCUCUGCCACCUCCUCCGCCAAAGAAAUCCGGCCCCAACUGCCCGCCGCCUCCGUCGUUCCUCUACAUAACGGGCCCACCCGGAAACCUUUACCCGGUUGACCAGGAAUUCGGCGGUGCCGCCGGAAAAAGUUCGACGGCGGUGAAGCUCUCGGCGCUACUCGCCUUUGGGGUGCUCGCUUUCUUCAAUAACUUUUGACGCGGAAGGACUGACAAAUUGGCUGUUCUUCUUCCCCCCAUCGAUCCUCGAAAGGGCUCUUUCUUUUGGCGAUAGAUCAAGAUCGUUCACUUUUAACGGGUACGUUAUAUUCAGAUCGUUGUUCGACAUCAUCUCCAGCUAUAUAUAUAUACCACCAAAGCAUUUAUGUUUACCUAUAGAUAGGAUUGAUAAUUCAUCUUAUACUUCGUUGUUGUCCAAAAUUUCUUGCGAUUCCUAAUCAAUAAGAUCUUUCAAUUCUGGAGUUGUGUUC